AUGCGUAUUCCCGUAGACCCGAGCACCAGCCGCCGCUUCACACCUCCCUCCACGGCCUUCCCCUGCGGCGGCGGCGGCGGCGGCGGCGGCGGCAAGAUGGGCGAGAACAGCGGCGCGCUGAGCGUGCAGGCGGCCGUGGGGCCCGGCGGGCGCGCCCGGCCCGAGGUGCGCUCGAUGGUGGACGUGCUGGCGGACCACGCGGGCGAGCUCGUGCGCACCGACAGCCCCAACUUCCUCUGCUCGGUGCUGCCAUCGCACUGGCGCUGCAACAAGACGCUGCCGGUCGCCUUUAAGGUGGUGGCACUGGGGGAUGUGCCAGAUGGCACGGUGGUGACGGUAAUGGCAGGCAACGAUGAGAACUACUCUGCCGAGCUGCGCAAUGCCUCUGCCGUCAUGAAGAACCAGGUGGCCAGGUUCAACGACCUUCGCUUCGUGGGCCGCAGUGGGCGAGGGAAGAGUUUCACACUGACCAUCACCGUGUUCACCAACCCCACCCAAGUGGCCACCUACCACCGAGCCAUCAAGGUGACUGUGGAUGGACCCCGGGAGCCCAGACGGCACCGGCAGAAGCUGGAGGACCAGACCAAGGCGUUCCCCGACCGCUUCGGGGACCUGGAACGGGUGCGCAUGCGGGUGACACCGAGCAUGCCCAGCCCCCGCGGCUCGCUCAGCACCACAAGCCACUUCAACAGCCAGGCCCAGACCCCCAUCCAAGGCACCUCGGACCUGAACCCUUUCUCCGACCCCCGCCAGUUCGACCGCUCCUUCCCAGCGCUACAGACCCUCACGGACAGCCGCUUCCCGGACCCCAGGAUGCAUUACCCGGGGACCAUGUCAGCGGCCUUCCCCUACAGUGCCACGCCCUCAGGCACGAGCAUCAGCAGCCUCAGCGUGGCCAGCAUGCCCGCCACCAGCCGCUUCCACCCCACCUACCUCCCGCCACCAUACCCGGGGGCCCCCCAGAACCAGAGCGGGCCCUUCCAGACCAACCCGUCCCCUUACCACCUCUACUACGGUGCGUCCUCCGGCUCCUACCAGUUCUCCAUGGUGGCCGGCAGCAGCGGCGGGGGCGACCGCUCGCCCACCCGCAUGCUGGCCUCCUGCACCAGCAGUGCCGCCUCCGUGGCCGCGGGCAACCUCAUGAACCCCAGCCUGGGCGGCCAGAGCGACGGCGUGGAGGCCGAUGGCAGCCACAGCAACUCGCCCACUGCCCUGAGCACGCCGGGCCGCAUGGACGAGGCUGUGUGGAGGCCCUACUGACCUCCCGGGUCAAAGUGGACUGCUCCCAAUGGAGGCAGGGACCCAGGAACCUUCCCGGCCAGGGGCUGGCCCGGCUCCGAGGCUCAGGCAGGAGUGAGACCCAUGCGCAUGGCAGUCAUGGGCCCAGGGUCCACGGGUCCCGGGCCCGGAGCUGGUGG